ACCGGAUCCGAUCAUGACGGAUGCAUGCGGUUGUAUUAUUGUAACGGAAUUGUUUUUACAGAUCCAUGACAGAUCCACAAAAAACGCUAAUGUGAAAGUAGCCUUAGCCUUCCAAUGGGCUUUCUUUCGGGAGGGGGGUGUAUACAUGGAUACCUGAAAAUGGUGUUCAAACAUAUACUACAACAGAUCUGCUCACUUCAAUGAGACAAAUGAAGUCCAAGAUAUAAAACAUUGUUCAACCUGUUUUCAAUUCAUUUACAUCUUUUGCCGUACAGAAUAGCGCAGUCUACCACCCUUACCCUAUACACAGCUGCUACAAGCAAAUUUACUCCCCAAUACACCCUUAUGCCCGGUGCCCUGCUCUUUUGGCAUCGCUGCAGAUUGGGGUGGGGUUUAAACGGCUUCCGGAAUGCUCCAGCGCUAAGAAGCGGCUGUCACUAACUAGCGCUGGCUCCUGCAUGAUCAAAGGUGACUCCCCCUGUGAACGGGUCAACGCGUCUCCCAAUGACCCGAUGGUAGCUGGGGGAGCGAUAGUCAAGGAGGCACCGCCGUUACACCUAGGUCAGGGAUGCCCAACCUGCAGCCCUCCAGGCUCUGCAGCUGCUGCGCCCCCUUCACUUGGUUUGACUUUAGAGCCAGGUGUGAUGCCUGUUACAUUGCCUGGUCCUGUCAAUCAAAGUGCAGAGGGCGCGGCACUUGCAGAGAAAUCAGAGCCUCUAGGUGUAAUGGCAACGCCCCCAUUGCUCCUAGAAGCUCAUUUGCAUAUAUUAAUACAUCAUGUUUCUCAGCAAUGCUGGCACAUAUGACCAUGGGACAGACACAGGUGCCUUCAGCUGCCAAGUGCACAUGUAACAGGUACAAAGCUGCUGACAGAUGCCCUCUAAGGGGUUAUCUACCUGGAGGAGACCAGGCCUAGAACUGACCCAGUGACCUUGUCAUGCUGCAGAUGCGAGUAAAGGAGCCAUCUUCCCUGGGAGGCGCUGAAAAGACGAGGAGAAGUAGGAGGUCCAGUCGUCCCCCUGAUGACGAUUCCUCAGAUGACCUUAUUGGUCUGACCUGCCACCAUGUGAGCCAAGCAGUGGAUGUGACUCGGGUGAAGAAAGCGGUGUCCCAGAAUGUGUGGUCCACAUGCACAGAAUGCAUGAAGGAGAGGAGGACACAGGAUGGACAGUUUGUGCCCCCCGACGAUGUUUGGCUGUGCCUUAAAUGCGGCCAUCAGGGCUGUAGCGCUACCUCUGAAGGCCAACACUCCUUGAAGCAUUUUCGAUCUGCAGACAGUGAUUGUCAUUGCAUUGCAGUUAACCUCAGUACCUGGGUUAUUUGUUGUUAUGAAUGUGAUGAGGAGCUUUCAACUCACUGCAAUAAGAAGGCUCUUGCCCAGAUGCUGGACAUUCUCCAGAAACACUCGUCACGCUCCGAGAAAGGUUCCUCUUCAAAGGUCAUCUGCUUACAAGAACCAAGUGGCGAAAAUAUUAGAGAGAAAGCAGCACUUCAUAUUACAUCUGUCCCUGUGAAAGGAAUAGCAAACUUGGGCAACACUUGCUUCUUUAAUGCUGUGCUUCAGAAUCUUGCCCAUACACACAUGUUAACAGAAGCACUGUCUGGAAUGAAGGAAAGGGAUGCAAAAUUGAAGAUUUAUCUUAAUGAAGAAAACAUGGACCCGAUAGUCAUCGGUCUCCCUAAUCCUGGUCCUCUCACAUCAGCAGUGGUCUUAUUCCUGCACAGUAUGAAAGAGCCAGGAAAAGAACCCUUGAUGGCUAAAAUGCUCUUUAGCCAGCUCUGCUUAAAGGCCCCUCGAUUUAAAACUUUCCAGCAGCAAGAUAGCCAGGAACUACUGCACUAUUUGCUGGAUGCCUUGCGUUUAGAAGAAACAAAGCGCAUACAAUCUGGGAUUUUGAAAGCAUUUAACAACCCAACUACUAAAACUGCAGAUGAGGAUACAAAGAGAAAAGUAAAAGCUUAUGGAAGAGAAGGCAUAAAAGCAAAUUUUAUUGACAGAAUAUUUGUUGGUGAAUUAACCAGCACAGUCAUGUGUGAAGAAUGUGAAAAUAUUUCAUCUGUAAAAGAAGCAUUUAUUGAUCUUUCUCUGCCAAUUAUAGAGGGGCGGGUCUCCAAACCUGUAAUCGGCAGUAGAGGAAACAAAGCAAAAGCCUCUCAGGAUAACACAUCAUGUCAAUGUCAAGACAACUCACCGGGGACGAGGAUAUACAAGUCAGACCCUGGGUUGAACAACAAUAAUCAAGUAAAUGCAGGACAGAAAAUUUGGCACAAAUCUACUUCUGACAACAGCAAGAGUGUUGUAAUAAUUGAGGAUGGUAAUAUGCAGUCUGAACGGAUUGUACAGGAGGCAAAGCCUACUUCUAGGGGUGUGAAGACUGGCAGUCAAUCUGAUGGCAGUGAACGAGAUGGUGAGAGCCAGCUGGAGAGCAGCGGAGAUGCGGAUAGUGAGGCUUCAGACUGUGAAAGUUCAUCAAUCCAGAGGGAAUCAAAGAGGGAGUGCGAUAAUCCCCAAAAUCAUGUAACUUUGGAGAGUCCUCUGUCUACUAAUAGUAACAUUGACCUUGAUGAAGUCCGUGGGGUAAUGUCCAAGCUCAACCUCAAUCAAGUGGCAGAGAAUUUAGACUCCUGCAAAGAUGUCAACAGCACAAACAAUCAGCCUUGUUCUUAUGCAAAGUGUAUGCAAUCCCAGGACCCACAAAAUGCUUUCCAAACCUUCUCCCAGGGCUACGUAACCAGCUCCAAAGAAUGCUCAGUUCAGUCCUGUCUCUACCAGUUUACAUCUGUCGAGCUUUUAAUGGGGAACAACAAGCUGCUAUGUGAGAAGUGCACUGAAAACAGGAUGAAGUGUCAAAGGAAGACUCACUCUGCGGAGGAGAAUCAAGAUAAUGUGUACACCAAUGCUCGAAAACAGCUAUUGAUAUCUUCAGUGCCAGCCAACCUCAUAUUGCACUUGAAAAGAUUCUGUCAGAAUGGGUUCAUGCUCCGUAAAAUCAUUAGGCAUGUGGACUUUCCAUUCAUAUUAGACUUGGCUCCAUUCUGUUCUGUGAACUGCAAGAAUGUGUCCGAAGAAAAGUGCGUUCUGUACAGUCUAUAUGGAGUAGUAGAGCACAGCGGGUCAAUGAAAGGAGGACAUUAUGUUGCAUAUGUGAAGAUCAGGAUGCCUUCCAAAAAGCCAUUUGAAAUAAUCAGUGGUGGCAAGAAUUCAUCAGUACUGAAGGACAGAGCCACAUCAUCUCCCAGUCAGUGGGUAUACGUCAGCGAUACACAUGUACAAGUGGUUUCUGAGUCCAGAGUUCUGAGCUCCCAAGCAUAUCUUUUAUUUUAUGAAAGAUUUGUUUAGAUGUAGUCUCAUAUAUUACAUAUCCCAGUGUGUACAUUACAGGCCAGUGUAAAUGAGAAAAAAGUCACUGUUCUUCAUCUGGAAAAACUGUUCUUCAGACUUCCCAUCACCAUUGUGGAGCAGGUUAUAUGAAGGUUUGAUGCAUAAAGCAUAGAAGGUUCUCCUGGUUAUACAUAAAGGAAUCUGCAUAAGAUUGUUGCUUCGCUGGUGGUACUCUACUUGGGCCCGUGUUGUGACAGAACAGUAAAAAGUUGAACUUCUCGGCGCCAUGAUUUUAUCUUUUGCUGUUAAAUUAUUUAUACAGUUCCACAGAUGCCAUAUUUACUGCAGUUUAUUGGUAAAAAUAUAUUAAUGGCAACUUCACCCCAUACAGGUGGAUAGGUCAUAAGUAUUGGAUCAUUGGGGUUCGACACCUGGGACCCCCGUAAAUCAGCAGUUUGAGAAGGCACCAGCACUCCUGUGAGCACCGCAGCCUUCUCUGGGCUCACCAAGCACAGCGCCAUCCAUUACAUAGCGUCAGUGCUUGGUAUCGCAGCUCACCACAUUCACUUGUAUGGGGCUGAGCUGCACCUAGGCCAGGUGACCGAUGAACGUGUUGUCACAGGGCCAAGUGAAAGCUGUGAGAAGACAGUGGCGCUACUGGCUUGUCAAACAGCAGAUCUAUCCAGAGGAUAAGUAAAAAGAUCUUGGAAAACCACUUUAAUGAAUUGUUCUAUGAGUUUUCCUUCUUAACACCUAAAAGACGACAUUUAUAUGUGGCAUCAUGUGUUUCUAUCCUGUAUAUGAGGGUGAUGUAAGGUCAUAUUUACAGUGGAUAUAUGAUUUUCUUCAUUGUGCUUUUUUCAUAUAUAAAGAGCAGUCUGAUGACCCACAGCAACAACUUACUGUGCGACCCACUGCUCGUGCAGUUUGUAAAUGUGGUGUCAAGUAAGCACCUUGAGUUUUACUUGUAAGAUGCAUGCAAUUUUAGUUGCAAUAGUCGUUUCAUUCUCAGCCUCCCCAACAUCAUCUGGCGUCAGCCCAUACCGAAAAUCGUCAUCUGUUUUCACGAAAACUAUGGAGUACGGAUACUAAGGAGGCCGUGCAUCACAAGAUUCUGGUGAUCUUAGGGAAGUCUGGGGCUUAAUCCCUGUAACGUAAACAUGCCAACCCAUUUAGCAGUAUAGUGUCCGGGAUAUCGAAUCUAUCUGGUAACCCUGAUUAGGAUUGGUAUUAAGUGUGACUCCUCCUCCCCAUAGUCCGAAGGAGAUAGACUACCUCUAGGAUCUGGCUCUGAAGAAUGUGUCUGUGGCACAUAUCAGGAUACAGUCUACUGUUCUCUUCCUAUAACUCAGGGAUACUGCAGACUAGAUCAGUACACAAAGGCUUUUGAUGAUACUCAGAAGGGAAGCGCGCUGAAUUAAAGGCCUUAUAAUACUUAGAAACUCAUAAUGGUGAGAUGGGAUUGGUUAUGUUCAUAAAUUGUAAUCUUAAAAAUUAAAGUCCAUUAAAGGAGUUGUCCAGUUUCGGGAUGAAACUGCAUAACAUUCUGGAUCAUCCUGCUAUAAAGCUGGAUCUUGUGCUGCCACUCCAGUUCUCCCAGCCGGGCUCUGUUCACUGGGCUACAACGGUGAUGAUAUGUCAACAACACAUGACUGCUGCAACCAAUCACAGGCCUCAGAGGUGCACCCAAACAGGCUAGUGAUUGGCUGCAGCGGUCACAUGUUGUCGAUGUAACGUCACCACUGUAGCUUGGUAAAUAGAGGCCACAGGAGAACUGGAGUGGCGGUGUAGGUUCCAGGAGGUGUAUACUUUACCAUUUCUUUAUUGGAGGCUGAUCCGGUGGGUUGUCUGAUUUUAUCCUACAACCAGACAACCCCUUUAAUAUUGCAAUGCAGUAGCAGACUUUACAGACUGAACCUAGCUCAUAUGCAUUGUGCAUAUCUCCCAAUAGCACUGACAAAGGCGCAGUGCGAGCAAGCACAAAACCGGUCUACAACCAUGGAAUUCAGGAUGGGAAAUUCUUCUCUGACUAAUAGAGGGGUUCCUAAAGCUAAUUCAGUUUAUUGCAGACCCAUACAUCAGACCUCAAAAUUAAUUCAGCCCCCAAUAGAAAACCGACUCCAAGUGCGGAGAACCCCGCUUGGGAAAUGGUGCUGCUCCUCCCAAAUGGGGGAUUUCUUUCUUUUUUUAACAGGGUAUAUGGACAGGGGUUGAUACACAUCAUAUAUAUUCAUUAGCAAACCCUUUUAAAACGGUAUAAUUUGCAUAUACUGUGUGAUCAUUAUAUAUACAUAUAUAUGUUAUAGGCAAGCAAUGUUAUGUCUGUAAAGUGAAAGCUGCUGUUAAUUUUAUUUGAAAAACUUCAGCUGCAAAGAAAAUCGGGCUAAAUCUCAGAGCUAAUCUUUAUUUUUAGAUGUGGUACGUACUCUACACAUAUUAUAUUCAUAAGCAAAUCCUUUUAAAACUGGAUUAUCUGGAUAUACUGUGUGGUCAUUAGAUCAAUGUGCCUCAAUGUGACCUGUAAAUAAAAAUCUAUAUUUGACAUA